CCUCCCGCUGCUCGGCGGCGGCACCGGCCCGGCCGCUCCCCGCGCUGCGCUGCCCGGACCCGCGCCCCGCACCCCGGACCCGCACCCCGCACCCCGACUCGGCUUGGAGCGCGCCUCGCUUCCUCCCAGGCCCGGGCGAGCAGCGCUGGGUUUAUGUCUUUAUUUGACGAAAACGAGCUGUUGCGCAGCCGCCGGGACCUGUGUUGGGGCAGCAGAGCGCACGAGCGAGGAGCCCGCAGCCUCAGUGGCCAAGACUUUUUCAUGUCAGAGACCGAGAACUCUUGCAGUCGUUUAUGUCAUCCCUUCUUCUCCAGACAGAAGAUACCAAAAAGUUGCCAUCAAAGGUCUCUUCACCUUAUUGAUAAAGCCACUAAUAAGCCAAAAUGUCUGUCAACGUCAACCGCAGCGUGUCAGACCAGUUCUAUCGGUACAAGAUGCCCCGUCUGAUCGCCAAGGUCGAGGGCAAAGGGAAUGGAAUCAAGACCGUUAUCGUCAACAUGGUUGACGUUGCCAAGGCGCUGAAUCGGCCUCCAACGUAUCCCACCAAGUACUUCGGCUGUGAGCUGGGAGCGCAGACCCAGUUUGACGUCAAGAAUGACCGCUACAUUGUCAACGGAUCUCACGAGGCGAACAAGCUGCAGGACAUGCUCGAUGGGUUCAUUAAAAAGUUUGUUCUCUGCCCCGAGUGUGAGAAUCCUGAAACAGACCUGCAUGUCAAUCCGAAGAAGCAAACGAUAGGUAAUUCCUGUAAAGCCUGUGGCUACCGAGGCAUGCUUGACACCCAUCACAAACUCUGCACAUUCAUCCUCAAGAACCCGCCCGAGAACAGUGACAGUGGUACAGGAAAGAAAGAAAAAGAAAAGAAGAAUAGGAAGGGCAAAGACAAGGAAAAUGGGUCCGUGUCCAGCAGUGAAACGCCGCCGCCGCCGCCGCCGCCGCCAAAUGAGAUGAGCCCUCCUCCACAUGCCGUGGAGGACGACGAUGACGACGACUGGGGGGAGGACACGACCGAGGAGGCGCAGAGGCGCAGGAUGGACGAGAUCAGUGACCACGCCAAAGUCCUGACCCUCAGCGACGACCUGGACAGAACUGUGGAGGAGCGUGUCAACAUCCUGUUUGAUUUUGUCAAGAAGAAGAAGGAAGAGGGUAUUAUUGACUCAUCUGACAAGGAGAUUGUUGCUGAGGCAGAAAGGCUGGACGUGAAGGCUAUGGGGCCUCUUGUCCUGACUGAAGUUCUUUUUAAUGAGAAGAUUAGAGAACAAAUUAAGAAAUACAGGCGCCAUUUCUUAAGAUUUUGUCACAACAACAAGAAGGCCCAGCGGUACCUUCUUCACGGCUUGGAGUGUGUGGUGGCCAUGCACCAAGCGCAGCUCGUCCCCAAGAUCCCGCACAUCCUCAAGGAGAUGUACGACGCGGACCUUCUAGAAGAGGAGGUCGUCAUCAGCUGGGCGGAGAAGGCUUCUAAGAAAUACGUCUCAAAGGAGCUUGCCAAAGAGAUUCGUGUCAAAGCAGAACCCUUCAUCAAGUGGCUGAAGGAGGCGGAGGAAGAAUCUUCCGGUGGUGAGGAUGAGGAUGAGGAUGAGAACAUUGAAGUGGUGUAUUCCAAGACUGCCAGCGUUCCGAAAGUUGAAACUGUGAAAUCUGACAGCAAGGAUGACGACAUUGACAUCGAUGCCAUCUAAAGGAGUGGAUGCAGCCCAGUUAGCAGUGUAAUGCUGCCAGAAGUGCAACAUGUAUGUGCAAAGGCUAAAGCAGCUCAACAUCAUGCGACACUUGAUACUGUGAGUGGUCCGGACACCUAGGGAGCCCACACACGCCAGUGAGCAGGUGUAGUUUGCUUACUAACAGCAUGUUAUUUUUAAAAACUAGUGAUGGACACAUUUGGAUCACAUUUAUACAGUUAAAAAUAAAGAUUUGAUUUUGGUCAUUCUUAA